ACACAGGUGUCGUAGGCGCUUAACAAAGCAGCUGCUUUGUACUCUGAGUAAACUGGAAGAGAAAGGGCACAAUCUUCACGUUUCCAGCCGAGCACGAAGCCUAAGAUGGCUGCUGAGUGCCCCCAUAGAUCUGAGGUAACGGAGCUCCACAGGAGAGUCAACCAGGUGACCGAUGAGUCACUCGAGAUCACCAGAAACAUGAAGCUUCUGUUAGAGGAGAGCAAAGAUGCAGGGAUCAGGACAUUGGUCAUGCUAGAUGAACAAGGCGAACAACUAGAACGGAUCGAAGAGGGGCUGGACCAGAUCAAUCAGGAUAUGAGGGAAGCUGAGAAAAAUCUCACAGACCUUGGCAAAUGUUGUGGCCUGUGCUCAUGUGAUAAGCUGAAGAACUUUGAAGCGAGUGAGGCCUAUAAGAAGGUGUGGGGUAAUAAUCAGGAUGUAGUGGUAUCUAGUCAGCCUUCAUCGCGCAUUGUGGAUGAGCGAGAGAAAAUGACAAUGAGUGGUGGAUACAUCAGAAGGGUGACAAAUGAUGCUCGGGAGGAUGAGAUGGAGGAGAACCUGGCCCAAGUAGGCAGCAUCCUUGGCAAUUUGAGAAGCAUGGCACUUGACAUGGGCAAUGAAAUUGGUACUCAGAAUGUACAGAUUGAACGCAUUCAGUCUAAGGCUGUGACCAACGUUUCUCGCAUCAGUGAGGCCAAUCAGAGGGCUAACAAGCUAAUGGCAAGGUAAACACAGAAGAAUGAUGACCAUUUGUUUAGAUUCUUUCUGUCAUAGCUUUACAAGUGGAUGAAGUGGGUUUUUCUUCUAAAAAAAAACCCUAGUUAUUUUGUUAAUUUAGUUUUCAUGUUCAUAACUAUCA